ACAUUGUAGUUUCUGACUUCUGUAGUUAGUAAUUGUGAAUAAUCAUAAUGUGAUUGAGCUAGAUAAUUUCGUAAUUAAAUAGUGAAAAUUUAAAUGUUGUGUUUUAGGUAAUUAGUUUGUUACUUGGUUGUGUAAAGUAUAAAGCUCAUGUAAACGUAAUUGAAGCAGAAAAAAUACCGAAAAUAUGGCUCAAACACCCCAGUUUGAAAAUACGGAAAAAGAUACGUUCCCUGAAAUAAAUCUGUCAGCAGUAGAAAUACAACAGCAAUAUUUUGAGAAUCUUCCAGAUUGUGAUUGGAUAAAAUAUGAUCGAGGAAAUAGAAAACAUCUUAUGCAAAACAUUGCAUUUGCACUUUUUGGCACCCCAACUAAGGAAGGGAAUUUAUUAGAAAAUUCUUCUGAAACUUUAGAAGGGUAUACAUCAAGGCAAAAAGAGCAGGUUCUUAAUGUGUAUAAGAAAAUUUGUAAUCAAACCAAAUACAGUUUUAAUAAUGAUGAUCUUAUGGUGUCUAUACUGCUUAUUGUGUGUGUUAAACCAAAACCACUAAAGCUAUUACAAUUUACACCAUCAGACUAUUGGGUUGACUUACAUAACCGGACUGAUGUGGAUAUGUGGUGUACAGCUGUUUUUAAAGUGAGAAAAUGCAUCCCAACUACAGUUAAUUCAAAACCAUGCAGAAUUUACAUAGAUGAAAAUGCGAGGGUAUACCAAGAUUGGCAAUCAGUUUUAACGGAUAACAUGUUUCCGAAAUGUGUGAUAGUUGCUCCGCAAAAUGGGCAGUAUCAAGGAGUUAUUAUUGAGGAAGAAAAAAUCGUUGCUGUUAAAUUAACAGUAACGCCUUCACCGGCAUUAGGCCUCAAGUGUCGAGUGCUAAGCUCCGUUGAUACAGUUAAUACUGUGGCCUCGUUGGGAGCAGUUGGUGUUUUGGGAGUGGCAGCCUUCACUCCAGUGGGGCCAGCAGUGCUGGCAGGAGCUGCUGUGGCCACAGUUGCAACUGGGUUGUAUGGUAUAGUGCGCUCCUCGUUUCAUCUUCGUGACCGGAGAGUGCAUGAGCAGAGCAUAGGUAUAACAAACUCGGAGGCGCGUGGCAGCUGGCUGAACAUAGCGGCAAGUGGUGUGGGACUUGGGAGUGGGUUAGCUAGUACUCUCUUAUCUCGCUCUGCCGCUGCCGGAACGAAUCUUACCAAAACUGGUGAAGUGUUAGCUGCAUCUGUGGAGGUGUUGCGACGCGCCAAUUUGAUAUCUGGCGGUGCAGGAGUUCUCAACAGUCUCGUACAUUUGAUAAUUAAGUACAAGAAGCAUGGCGAGAAAGCGACAAAACUAGAGUUGUUCCAAUUCUCAGCUUCCAUGUUGUUCUUCUUCCAAGCCGCGAUGUCCAACCGCACAGCGCAAAACAUCAUCGAAGAUGCGCAAGCCAAUACUAUCAACGAAUAUCGGGCGACACUCAGAAGUAACAGACACAGAAAAGUAUUCGACAAAUUAAGCGCGGAAUCACGCCGUGUAUCGGGCGCCAUACAGGGCAACACUGAGGUCAUUUGCGGGAUCAAAAACAUUGCGAACAAAGAUCAAUAUUUCGCCGACGUUUUGAGAAUCAACAAAGACAUAAACCAGCACAAAUUGAGAAUAUCUAUGACUGCCGAUGGUCGGGUCAACUUGAACGCUGCGCACACGUUUGAGCCGUCCCAAUUGUACGGCCUGGGGAAGGACGGGAGAUCUCAGCUCUUCUCGACUUUAGGUCCAGCUAAGGUCAACACACCAAACGUUCCCACUAAAGUUGUUCCGUCGUCAGCGGGGGUUCAAAUAUUCGAUAACAAGGAAGAAGAGACAUCGACACCGGUGGGUAUACGCCCAGAAGAAGUUCUACGGAUCGGGAUCCACUUAGUUCGUGUCAGCGCGUCCGGAGCAGAAAAUAUAGCGUCUCUUCUAGAAAAUUUAAGCAAAGAUAUCUACGAUGCGCUGAUGACGGUCGCUUUGAAUGUCUUGUCGAAUCUCGUCCCGACGGAAAUCGCUAAGCUGAAAUUGAUAAGUCCAGAAGAAGACUUGAUUCAACAAAUUGUGAAUUUUGUCUUCAAUUAUUUGAAGCAUCAAAGACCGAUGGGCGAAUCCCGCGAAGACGACAACGGGAUAGUCAUUAUUUUAAAGGACUUCUUUCAAAAUGGCGUUUUGAGGAAAGAAACGAUUAUGCGUUUGAAGGAUAAUCUAAUGGAGUAUAUUGAUGAGGAGUUGGAAAAGAGAAGAAACCGGUUCCCGAAUAAAAAUCAAAUCAUUUGUCCUCGCUGUGAAGGGGUAAGGUAUGCAUAGUUUUGUUCUUUAUGCUGUAUUGGAUCAAUUUAAAACGCAUAAUAAAUUUUUCUUAGUUUUUUGAGUAUCACAUUAGGGUAUUAGGGGAAAAUAGUAUUUACAAAAUAAAAAGCAAAUUGUAUAUUUACCAAAAAUAAAAUAGGAUAAGAUUUAGAAUUCGACUUAAAUAAGUGCAGCAUUGUGAUAAACAUUAUAUAUUAUUAUCUAUUUUAUAAUAUAUUCACUAUUUAGAGAGAUUUAACGAAACACAAGUUUUCGUUGUAAAAAUCAAAUUAAUAAUGAUAUUGAAAUUUUAUAGCACUGUGUAUUCAUCAAAGCAUAUCAAAUUUAUAUACAAAUAUAUACACUAUUUUACUAUGAAAUUAGGAAUUUAUUUAUUACAAAGCUUUUAAGUCUAUUGUCCAAAUUAUUUUAAUAAAAAUUUAAUUAAUAAA